UACAAUCAAAUGAAGCAAGAAAUAUCUUCCUUCCUUUAAAGAAAGAGUCUCCUUUACAAACAACAAACAAAAACAAAACUGCGAAACCCCCCCAAAAAAAAACAUAUACUCUUCAAAACCCCAUUUCUUUAUUUCUUUUCCUUCUUAGCAAUAGAAUGCUUCCUCAAACCAGCAUUCUCUUGUUCUUCUCUCUCUUCUUCCUUUCUCUCUCUUCUUUUAUUUCCUCCACCAUUUUAUUCAACCUCACCCUCCCUCAUCAACACCCCUAUCCAGAAGCUGUGGUUCAACAGGUACAAAGGAGUAUAAAUGCUUCAAUAUCAAGAAGACGGCAACUCCUCGCCCCCGGGCAGUCUCAAUGCCUGACCGGGAACCCAAUCGACGACUGCUGGCGGUGCGACCCCGACUGGGCCGCCAACCGCCAGCGCCUCGCCGACUGCGGCAUCGGGUUCGGCCGCGGGGCGCUCGGGGGAAAGGGGGGCCGUUUCUACGUCGUCACCGACUCGUCCGACCGGGACGCGGCGAACCCGACCCCCGGCACCCUCCGCCACGCGGUCAUCCAAGACGAGCCCCUCUGGAUCAUCUUCCAAUCCAACAUGGUCAUCAAGCUCCGACACGAGCUCAUCUUCAACAGCUACAAGACAAUCGACGGGCGCGGGGCCCGCGUCCACAUCACCGGAAAUGGGUGCAUCACCCUGCAGUUCGUCAGCCACGUCAUCAUCCACAACGUGCACGUGCACGACUGCUCACCCUCGGGCCACACGAUUGUCCGGUCCAGCCCGAGCCACGCGGGCUGGAGGGGGACUUCGGACGGCGACGGGAUAUCCCUAUUUACGGCGCGAAACAUUUGGAUUGAUCACUGCGCUUUGUCACGUUGCAAAGAUGGAUUGAUUGAUGCCAUCAUGGGGUCCACGGCUAUUACGAUCUCUAACAGCUAUUUCAGCCACCACGACGAGGUUAUGCUACUAGGUCAUAACGACAAGUACUUGCUCGACUCGGGGAUGCAGGUGACGAUAGCGUUCAAUCACUUCGGGGAGGGGCUCGUGCAGAGAAUGCCGAGGUGUAGGAGAGGCUACAUUCAUGUCGUGAACAACGAUUUUACGCAAUGGGAAAUGUACGCGAUCGGAGGAAGCGCUAGGCCCACCAUUAACAGCCAGGGCAAUCGAUACACCGCGCCGGCCGAUCCUAAUGCUAAGGAGGUGACAAAGAGAGUUGAGACGGAUGAGGGAGAAUGGUCCGGGUGGAAUUGGAGGACGGAUGGGGACAUAAUGGUAAAUGGUGCAUUCUUUGUCCCGUCCGGUGAAGGCCUCAGCAUGCAAUAUGCUAAGGCCUCCAGCGUCGAGCCGAAGUCCGUCGGCCUCAUCGAUCAACUCACCGCGAAUGCCGGUGUUCUUGGCGGUCCAAGGGACAAUAGUGUUAGCAUAUCAUAUGGGGGAGAGGGGAGCGCCGCCGGAGCGACAACCGCAAAUGGUGGUGGUGGUGGGUCCAAUGACGGUGGCGAUGGUGACUACUUUGGCAUGAUAUUUGGGAGCGGCGCCGCGCCAGCUCGAUUAUCACCACCCACUACUACUACAAUGUUAUUGUCUCUUCUAAUUAUUUUAUUUUUGUACACUACCACCAACCAUGGUGGUUCACUAUCAUUAUUGCCCUCUUUUUCACUAUAGAAAAAAUUAAAUAUAUUUCCA